AUGAACAUCUUUUUCCAGCUCGGCGUAUUAGCGUCCCUCUGGAUCCAGCUAUCGGUCGCCUUGGUUACCCAACUGCCUGUUCUGAAUGGCCCUAUCAUGCCUAGCCUACCCAAGGGCGCAAAGACAGGACUAGGCCAGUUUAAGCAUCCCGGGCUUUGGCACUCACACAACGACUUGGAGCUUAUGCGCACCAUGGUAAGAAACCACCAGGAGCCCUGGUUCAGCGGGUUCCGGAACCUGCAGGCUGAUUCGUACUCCUCGGUGGACUACGUAAUGAGAGGACCCAAGGCCAUCAUCUCUAGAGGAACUCCCAGCAACUACAGUACCUUCUCCGCCGACACACGAGCUGCUUAUCAGCAUGCAAUUCUCUGGUACAUCACGCGUGAAGAUGCGCACUGGAAAAAGUCAACUGAGAUCUUGGAUGCUUGGGGCACCAAUCUGACCAACGUGAUUGGCGUCGAUACAAGCCUCCUCGUAGGUGUUGAGGGUGAUAGCUUUGUUAACGCAGCUGAGAUCAUGCGCUGGGAGGGCAACUGGACUGAGUCUGGGGCUCGCUGGCAGGGUACUACUGGCUUUUCUAACCAGUUGUAUUGGCUCUUCGCCAGACAAUCAAUUGUUAUCGGCCACGCUAACUAUGGCAUGGCAUCGAUCAAAGCUCUCCUCGAUUUCGCUAUCUAUCUGGAUGACGUUAAUAUGUUUAAUUAUGCCCUUAACUCUUAUCUCAACGACAUUUGUGCAGGGCUUCCAGGAAACUUUAAUAAAUUGACUGGUCAGUCCUCCGAAGCCGGUCGAGACCAGUCUCACGCGCAGUCAGGGCUGGCCUGGGCCGCCCUAGCCGCUGAAACACUCGAGAAUCAGGGCAUUAAUGUCUGGGAUGAGAUGGAUGGGGUGUUGCUUAAGGCGUCCGAGUACCUGGCGAGGUAUAAUCUAAACGAGACGGCUGAGUACGACCCAACCUUCUACCGUUGCCUCGCUGUCCUCGUGGAUGGACCGUGGAAUACUAUUUCGGAAAACAAACGAGGCAUAUCCGCGGACAUGCCGGCUGUUUGGGACCUCAUUUACUACAAGUAUGUUGUUGAAAAGGGCAGGCGGGCGCCAUGGACAGUGAAGGCAAAGGACUUCUAUGACUCGCAAGGUGGCCAGAAAUCUGGAGGUUAUUCCGUUAUGGGAUGGGGUGAUCUGAUCUGGGCUAAGAAGAGCAAGAGAAGCAAAAGAUUUUGGGCGAGUGAUUAUUGGAACUGGAAUUGA